CAUUGUUUUUUACACCAUAGUCGUACCCCAAACUUGAUAGGAGCAGAUCCACAGUGAAAUGAGAAGGGGAACAUAGUGCUACAAUGUACCGGAAUGUGUGCUUAGUGUUGUGUGCGUGUGCGUUUGUAAGGACUCAAGUCAUCCCAGGAAAGUCUAGGACGAACGAUGGGGACUUCAACUUCGUGAACACUGAUGGAUCCUUCGAUUUCGGAUAUGCGAACAAAGACAACGGGCAGAGCUACCACCUGGCGCACAGCAACGCAGCGGGCGUGGUCGGGGGCAGGUUCGGCGCGAAGGACCCUGCCACUAACACUGUCAAGGAGACAGUCUACACUGCUGGACCUAGAGGGUUCCGCGCGAAGGGCCCAAAUGUCCACAGAAAGAUGGACCUGGACCAGCGGCCUCGGGGGCCCAUUGGCAACAAGGACGACCCUUACUUCGACCCCAAUGAGGACCCCAGCUACUCCUUCAAGUUCGACACCAGAACCUACUCCAAGAACGAAAACGCUGACAGCAGAGGGGAUGUUAAGGGCCACUACUCAUUCGUGGAUGAUGUAGGAGAGCGGCACGAGGUUUCCUACAUUGCUGGAAGGGAUACAGGCUUCCACGUGUCCUCUGCCCACCCCGACAGCCCCAACGUCAUCGGAUCCCCCUUCCAUAGAGCUCCUCUGGUCAGAGGAGAGACCAGACCGCGAGGGCGUACCGCCGUGCAGAGAGGGCUGGAUGGGUCCUACAGAUUCAUAUCAGCCGGCCCUGACCAAAGGCGAACAGAAAGCAGCGAUUCACACGGUAAUGUUAGAGGGUCAUACACGUUUUUGGAUGACAAAGGUGUGCAGAGAACGGUCCACUACAUCGCGGGCCCGGGCAUAGGCUACCGCAUCGUGAAGGGCGGCAAGGACCCCUACAUCCCCGCCUACUUCCCUACCAUCCCUAGCAAGUAUGACCCCGACUUCGUCAGUGCAGGGUCUACCGCAUUCUCUCCUGACGACAGCGGCAGUGACGACGUCUUUAAACGGCCAGAAGCCACAGCAGCGUCCGGCCACGUAAAACCGCCUCCAUUCCCCACAGACAAAGACAGGCCUGGAAAGAAACCGACACCUCCCACCGGCAUCAAUGAAGAUGACUCCGGAGACGGAUAUGGCUCGGGACCCGGAGGCUCAAGUUUUGAAUCCGAUUCUGGCAGCCCCAGUUUCGGAUCUGGACCCAGUUCCGGUUUCGGGAGUGGAUCUGGUAGCUCCAGACCCGAAUUUGGAUCUAGACCAGGUUCUGGCUCUGGAUCUAGUGGGUCCAAUUUCGGGUCUGGAUCCAGCGGUUCCAAUUUCGGAAGUGGAUCUGGCGGUUCAGGUUCUGGCUCCACUUUUGGAACGGGAACUAGUGGGCCCGGUGCUAGCAGGCCUCCUUUCGGAGCAGGUUCUAGACCGACGGGAUCUGGGGGGUCUAAUUUUGGAUCUGGGUCGGGCAGUUCUAGUUUCGGACCGGGAGGCGCAGGUGCAGAUGACUCAAGCUAUGUUGACGAGGACGCGUCAAGUUUCGGAGACAACAAACCAACAAAAGGACCAGGCAAGCCCGGGAGACAUCCAAGCAAGCCUUAUAGACCGACGAAGAAACCUUACGUACCACUAAAACCUUUCCAGACCACGCAUAGUAAAGAGGAUGAAUACGACGAAUCAGACGAUAAAAACACACCACAGUUCGGAAUAGGCUUCGAUAUACAAAAGAAACCUGGCGUUACUACUAUAUAUAAACCAGGCACAACGAUAAUUAGAAAUAUAGGGCAGGAUUACUUCGGGGUGCCACCAGGAGUAUCCGUCAGAGCCCACGUACAAAGUAUCGAUUUAUAUCCCUUUGAUUCCAAACCCAUAUCGCCAUCCGAAGCGAUUGAAAAAGACAAGACGUAAUGUCCCAACUUGUCGCUAUAGAAGUUUUAUUUCCACAUAUAAACGAUUUUGUAAUUAACAUAGUUUUUACACUGUAUAGACAAGCUAACUUAUUUAACGAAUAAAAUUGUAAGUAACUAA